AUGGAGCGUUUCCAACAUUCAUCUGAAACCAUCAGCCGAUAUUUCUUAGUCGGUUUGAACUCUCUUGUGAGUUUGGCCCAUAAGGUAGUGAAGCCCGAGGAUCCAACGUUCCAUUCAAUUCCUUCACAAAUUACAAAUGACCCUCGAUACAUGUCAUUUUUUAAGGAUUGUAUUGGAGCUAUUGAUGGGACACACGUCGAUGCACGAUUGUCUAGUGAAGAAAAAGUUGCGUUCAUCGGUCGAUGCGGCGCCCCAACACAAAAUGUUAUGGCCGUAUGUGAUUUCAAUAUGCGCUUUACUUUUGUCAUGGCUGGAUGGGAAGGAAGUGCUCAAGAUAGUCGUGUUUUCAAGUUCGCUACCAUAAACUUCAUACAUGGAUUUCCGUACCCACCUCUGAGUAAAUACUAUUUGGUUGAUGCUGGAUAUCCAUUGCAAAGGGGAUAUCUAAAGCCCUACCCAGAUACGAAGUACCACAUUCCGGAUUUUGAAAGAUCUAGUGGUGUCGCACGAGGCAAAAAAGAGGCUUUUAACAAAAGACACUCUUCAUUGCGCGGCGUAAUUGAAAGAGCAUUCGGAGUGUGGAAGAAGAAAUGGGUCAUAUUACGGGAUAUGCCGUCAUACCCUUUUCCAAAGCAAGUACAAAUCGUUGUUGCGACAAUGGCGCUACACAAUUUCAUCCGACGCCACCCUUCCAGAUCGGAUACGGAGUUUGCCAUUGUAGAAGAUGAUUCAGACAAUGAGCUCGAGAAAUUCAGGGAAGUCGGAGCAAAUGAUGUGUCGAUGUGGGCUACCGUCAUUGCUUUUCACAUCACAACAGACACAUAG